CCAAUCGGCAACCGCAGGUCGGAACAGGAGCCAAUCGGAGAGUGGUAUCCGCCCCAGCGCCGCCCUUCUCCAAUCCGCGCAAGGUCCCCGCCCCUGUGGCCAUCCACCAAUCGGCGGAGAGGGCUGGGGGCCGUCCUCCGCGCCUCUGGGGGCGAUCGCGACUUUGGAUUGGCCAAUUCAUCAGCCACGUAGACGCCUCUUCGUUUCUGCUGGGUGUGGCGGACUCCCACUCCGGCCGCUCAUUGGAAGAGAAGACUGAGAUGGGCGGGGCUUCCGGAGCGGGCGGAGAGCGCGGGAGAGCUGGCAGGGCGGCCGAUCCUGACGGGUGGGAUGCAGGCUUGCUCCAGUCUCGGCCUUCCUGAUGCCGCUGUUGCCAACCAUGCAAGUCUCCCUUGCAGCCAGAGAGGAGAUCAGGCACUUGAUUCACACCGCACCCUAAGUACUGCCAGGGGAGUCUCGGUGCCCGUACCCGGGGACCUCACUCAGCUGUGUUGAGAGUGGUAGGCCUCAUACAAGAAUCUGGCCCGCGGGCUGUGGUGUGCCUUUACAGAGGCAGGGGGAUCUCAGACUUCCAGGCCAGCCGGGGCUAUACAGAGAAAGACACCCUGUCUCGAAAAACCAAAAGAGAAAAAAAGGAUGCCAGCUGGCCAUCGGCUACUGGUCUUAGCACCCCAAGAGGUGGAGGCUCACUCCCACAGGCCGUCCGAGAUGACAGCCAGCACCCGGGGACUCGUUGCCAUCGCUGCGUCCCUGUGAGUCACACAUGGCAUGGUGAAUCCACUGAGGAAAUGGACUUGGAUCAGCUGGACCUAAACCCCAGAAUUAUUGCCGCGGUUAAAAAGGGUAGACUGAAGUCAGUGAAAGAGGUUCUGCGCUACUCGGGACCAGACCUACAGCGGCUCACCAGGCUGCCCAGCCACGACGUGCAGCGCCUGCUGAGGGCGGCCUCUCUCCACCUCCGGGGAAACCGUGUCCUUACAGCGCUGCACCUGUUCCAGCGGAGGGAGAGCUUCCCCGGGCAGCACCAACGCCUCAGCCUGGGCUGCCCUGUCCUGGACCGGUUCCUGGGUGGCGGCUUGCCCCUGGAGGGCAUCACUGGCCUGGCUGGCCGCAGCUCAGCAGGAAAGACCCAGCUGGCGCUACAGCUCUGCCUGGCCGUGCAGUUCCCACGACAGUACGGAGGCCUGGAGGCUGGGGCCGUCUACAUCUGCACGGAGGACGUCUUCCCCAGCAAGCGGCUGCGGCAGCUCGCUCAGCAGCAGCAGCAGCUCCGGACGGACGUGCCUGCGGAGGUGACCCGGAAGAUCCGCUUCAGCAACCACAUCUUCAUCGAGCACGCAGCUGACGUGGACACUUUGUUGGAGUGUGUGAGCAAGAGGGUCCCCAUUCUGCUGUCAAGGGGCAUGGCCCGCCUGGUGGUGGUGGACUCUAUUGCGGCCCCAUUUCGUUGUGAGUUCGAUUCUCAGGCCUCAGCUGUCAGGGCCAAGCACCUGCAGUCACUGGGGGCCACGCUUCGGAGACUGAGCAGCACCUUCCGGAGCCCCGUGCUGUGCAUCAACCAGGUGACAGAAAUGGUGGAGGACCAAGAGUCUGUGCCCGGGCCACUGGGGGCCUGUGACGAGCGCCUCUCUCCAGCCCUUGGCAUCACCUGGGCCAACCAGCUCUUGAUGCAACUGAUGGCCGACCGGGUCCGUGAAGAUGGCGCCACCAUGGGCUUGCCCAAAAGCCCCGCUCGGACUCUACGUGUGCUCUUCGCUCCCCACCUGCCCCUCUCCUCCUGUGGCUACACAGUCAGUGGGGAAGGCGUCCGAGGGAUGCCGGGGACUAAGGCCUACGAACAGUAGACCAGUGGACACGCUAACCAGGCCGAGAGGCCUGAGGAGUCCUUCCCACAGCCGGUGUCACGGCAGCUGGUGAGCAGAGACGCCCUCUCUGCCCUAGGGUUCACCUACUGCUGGCCUUCGAACUGAGCCUCCCAUCCUGCCCCUUAGACGAGGAAUGGUGGCCCAGGGUGUGCCCCUCAGCUGCUUUGCCUGGGACUGAGUCAGCAGCUUGUCCACCAGGUCUCCCCUCCCACAGGGUGCUCUCAGCUCUCCCCACCCCAACACACACACACACACGCACACACACGCACGCACGCACGCACGCACACACGCACACACGCACAGUGACACUCAGCAUUCGGGCAAAUGGGGCCUGCAGUGUGCCCUCCCCACACAUACACAACCUUCUGGGGCAGAGUAAAGAAGACACGCUGAGGAAGGGCAAUGGGACUGGCCUGCCUCAGGCCCAACAGCUUUAGGCAACUUCAGAAAGGGACGCCAGGAAACAUGCUUGUGUAUUUCAUUUCGGCCCGGCUAACUCUGUCCAGCAACCCAGGCUCGGCAGUGGUUCAGGCUGGAGGGCACUACAGACCACCUGACAGGACUACGAAUGCUUGGCCGGAGGCCAGCUUCCUGCUGACAUCUGCUGUGGACCCAGACUCACCAUCACGUGGGCUUGAGGCUCAACAGUCACCAGGGAAUGUGGCCUCUGAAAGCAGGGCCGUGGUGCCAAAACCCUGUGCUCCCAGCCUGCCUGGCAGCACAGGCUCCCCCCACCAACUGCCAAGUGGACCCACAUGGGGUCAUGGGCCCUCUGAGCCAACGAGUCUUGUUGCUCCAGUGGUGAGUCCUCAGCCAGGACACCACCGUCACUGUCCCCACUCCACAGGGCGAACAACACUUACGGUGUGUACCGUGACAUCUCCAGGGUGGCCCGACCCUGGACUGAGCCUGACAAGCCUCCAGAGCCACUGUGGCCCCCAGUGCUCCUUAGCCAUUCUGCACGUUAAACCGAGGGCCUCCUACAGGCGCCGCAGGUGCUCUCCCCUGAGCUGCAGCCCAGCCUACCCCUGGCCCUGAAAGCCUGAGACACUGGCAUAAAUGAUGGGACAUGGCUACCUGGGGUGGACUGGGUUUAUACAGAACAGCUUCUCUGCAAAACUGGAGAGCUUUAUAUCAGGAAAUAAAACUUUAUUUUUGUAACAAA